GAGCGCUGUCUGUUGGAUUUUACACGCAGAACUUGCUGUUACCAUUUGAAAACACAGCGCUCCUGCACUUCUCACUCCAGGUGAGGAGCCCUCGGCCCUCUGCAAGCCCCCCUCCCAGUGCAGGUGCCUUGGGCUUGGUGGAGCCGCAGGACCCCCUGGCUGUGGACACCAUGUCCGAGGGAGAGGUGCUGCCCCCUACUGUCCCCUUCACCAGGGGCUCCAGAGCCCGAGCGAGCCUGCCUGUUGGCCGCUCUAGCAGUGAGACAAGAGAUAGAUCGCUUGGAGUGCUGUACCUGCAGUAUGGUGAGGAAACCAAGCAGGUUCGCAUGCCUGCUGAGAUCAGCGGCCAGGAGGCUCUGAGGGCUCUGUUCGUCAGUGCCUUCCCCCACCAGCUCACCGCCAAAAUGCUACAGUCACCCAACGUGGCCAUCUGCGUCAAAGACACCAGCCGCAACGUUUGCUAUGACCUGGACGACAUCAGAAGCAUCACCCCCCACUCUUGCCUGAAGGUUUACCAUAAAGACCCGGCACAUGUUUUCAACCGCCAUGCCAGACCUGCCAACACAGAGGGAAGGAUAUCAAAGGAGAUCUUGUACGGCAGCCACAGCCCAGUCCACACCUUGUCAUCCUCCAGCCGCAGUACCCUACACAACCUUCAGGGGUCAAUGUCCCCACCCAUGGUUCGCUCCAUGCCCUCCUCUCCCUCCAGAAUGGCCUAUGGUGGGGGGGGUGCGCGGGUAGUUGAUCCGGGGAGUGCCACCUUACCACGUGAACGCCUGUCAGCUGCAGGACGAUCAGUGUCCCUCUGCCCCAGCAGCAGUGCUAUACUGGAGAGGAGAGAUGUCAAGCCUGAUGAGGACCUUGGCAGCAGUAAGAGCAUGGCCCUGGUUGUGCGUGCCGAGGGAGGACACCACUACCCGGACUCCUACUGCUCCCCUCUCCAGGAUGGAGGAGGUCGCCUCAGCAUCGCUUCCUCCCAAGGCAGUGCUCCUGCCUCUCUCACUGCAGACAUGGUAGAUGCUGGUGGUGGGAUUGUUCCUGGGGGACUCCAGCAGUAUCGGGCCUCCAUUAAACCACUGGGACCCUACGGAGAAAUCCUGGAGCACCAAACCCAGUCCCUUCACAGACAGAAAAACAGGAAGUAUGGGGACAGCCACCUUCCCCCACUGAGUACCAAAACCCCGCCCCCUUCCCCACACCGAAUGAAUGAAGUCAGGAUGAUUGAUGGACAGAUUAUUGGAGGGGUGGGCCUGGUGACAGCAGAGCGGAUAUCUCCUAUUCGCCGAUCCCUUCGGCGGGAAAGUAACGGGGCCAUGGUUGAGAUUGUGAACCGAACUAGAGGAAGUGGUUCGUCGUCAUCAUCCUCAUCUGUUUUUGUGGACAGCCCUCAUGGAUAUCCUGAUAGGCUGUCUCAGGGUCACAUACUUGCCAGUGACCCCCAAAGUGAGAGAAUGAAAGCAAUGGAACAGCAGAUAGCCAGCCUGGCAGGGUUGGUGCAUCAUGCUCUGGCUAUGGGACCAAGUGUUACGGGGAUCAAAGACAUUGUCAGUGAGACUGAUGGGCGGAACCUGCUCAACAAUGAACCUGGUUCGUUGCCUGAACCUGGUCCGGCUGUGCGGAAUCCCGCCCCUUUGAUUGAUGGCUUUAGCCCCGCCCCACUGGCUCUUCAAGCCCCUCCCUCUGACACAGGGCUGCAGCAGAGCUUGGCCUUGGCAAAGAGGAAUGUGUCUGAGUUGCGACUGCAACUCAACCAGCUGAGGCAGUUACAGCUGGCGAACCAGGAGAGUGUGAGUUCAAUGCUUCGCAUGGCCGGUCAGGAGCUGUUGGUGUUAAUGUGUGAUCGACUGGCUCAGACAGAGGAGUCAGGGUCCCGAUGGAGAGCUGAGAUGGAAGAGGAGAGGAGCCACUAUGUGGCCAUGGAGGAGAGAGUACUAGCACAGCUCAGUGAAUUGGAGAACUAUGUGGACCAUUUGAAAAGAAACUCCAUAUCUAGUACUGGUCAGCUGUCAAUCACUCUGAGAGACGUUGAGGAGGGAGCAGUCAAUCUGAGGAGGGUUGGAGAGGCACUAACCAUCUUGAAAACUGAGUUUCCACAGCUUCAGGUGAAGAUGCGUUCGGUGCUGAGGGCAGAGGUGGAGGCGGUGCGCUUCCUGAAGGAGGAGCCGCAUAAGAUGGACUCUAUGCUGAAGAGGGUCAAAGCCCUGACCGAGGCCCUCAGCACUCUCCGCAGGUGUGUGUCAGAGUCGACGCCUCCUGCCAGAUCAGCCCCAGUGGAGCCCCAAGAGGUCCUGGAAACAGGCCAGGGCCUUGCCAAGACCGAGAGCUCCCCCAAACCUCAGCCCAGAUCCUCAGUUAAACCCCCUCUUCCCAACCCCUCGUCCUCUGAUGCCCAGGCUGAGGUCAGGCUGGCCGGCCCAGCCUCUCCCAUCAUGGCCCAUCGAGUGAAAAGCUCUUCAGCCACAGUGAUCCAGUCCUCCCAUCACCACCCAAGUCCACCCCUGACCCCCACUCAUGGACGAGACUCACCAACUGUGGCCAAGGUGAGCCCUUGUAGCAGAGAGAACAGCCCAGCCCUGCAGAAGAGGACAGCUCCUCUCCAGGCAAAUGGACUUGGCAGCACAGCAGCUACAGACAAGCAGCCUGCUGUGGCACCAGCUGAGGAGAGCUGUACCAGCAUGGACCAGACAGCGAUAAGUAAUGAGACUACCGACAGAGAAACGCCAGAGGGGAAUCAGAGUCUAGAGACUAGCAGUGAGAGCCAGUCAAUGCCUAACACCAGCCAACCCAACCAGUCUGGGUCCAGUCAGCCUCCUCCCUCCACCACGACUGCAGACUUUGACCAGAUCCUCCAGGAGGCCCAGGCCAGCCUGAUGAGAGCCAUACCUGACCUUGAAGUGUCAGACAACAGGGAGGGUCCUUCUCAUCCUGUUCCGGGGGAGAAACCACCCACUACAUCCUGGUCAGAGCAGGAGACCCCCCUGGACCUGACACUUCAAGCCCCACUGGAGCAGCAAGUGGCAUUGUCAGAAACCCAAGAAGACGAAGGUCCCAAGUUGCCUGAUGAGGUGGACGCUCCCGAGUCAAGACCCUCAGACCCAACUCCAGAAGAAGCCUCUCAGCCUCCUGCAGCCUCUGUGGAGCCGGUGGAGCCUCCUGCAGCCUCAGUGGAGUCUCCUGCACUCUCUGUGGAGCCUUCUGCUUCUGUGGAGCCUCCUGCAGCCUCUGUGGAAUCUAACGUGACCUCUAUGGAGCCCACUCCGGCCUCCGUGGAGCCUCCUGCAGCCUCUGUGGAACCUCCUCCUUCAGGUUUUUCUCACUCGGCUCCUAAUCCCUCAACUCCACCCAGCUCAGAGCGCUGCAGCCGGCCGCUGAUGGAGAAACCUCGCCGGUCCAGUGUGGAGAAAGAGAGAAAGCCAAGUCCAGACAAGGCCGGCAAGUCUCCUCCACCUCCUCCCCCACGAAGAUUCUAUGCUGCCAGUCCAGGCCUUACCACAGCAAGGUCUGGAGAAGUGAUAUUCACCACCAGGAAAGAGCCUGUUGGAGCACAGGAUGAGGAUGAGAUUGAGACGACUGUGGUUCCUCAGCCCAAACCCCCCAGGCAGCCUCCAGAAGUUAAGCCCAAACCCCAGAUGCCUCACCCUGCACCAGUCCUGGCUUCCACCUCCACCCCUGUUACAACAUCCACUGAUAUGGAGGAAGAUGAUGAUGAUGAUGGUGAAGAGGAGGAUGACAACUUCAUGAAAGAACUUCAGGUUUUUCAGAAAUGCACUGUGAAGGAAGUAGAGAGCAGAUAUGUGGUUGACCUCUCAGCCUCUGACCCCCAGAGCCGAGAGAUUGACCCUAAGAUUCAGCUCUGGAGAGACAACCCAUUGUACAACACAGAUGACAACAGAAGCUGCACCCCACCACAGAGCCCAAGGGUCAUGUAUUAUGUCACAGCAGAGAUGUCACAUGAGAAUCCUCUGCCAGGAGGAAAUGACCAAUGCAAAGGAGAAGAAAUGGCAUUUCCAACAUCACAGGUGCCCAAUCAAAAUCCUUCUGAGUUACUAACACCUGGACACCAGUUAGCCUCCCAACCAGGAACUGCAGAUGGCUGCUGUAAUAAACAGGUGACAGCAUUUGGGCUGGAGGAAAGUAAUGAAGCUGGGAAAGAUGUUCAAGGUCCUGAACAGAAGAAGGAGGGGGAAGAGAAGGUGGUCAAACAGGUGCCUUUAAUAAACCCUGCCCCAGCAGAGAAGUUGGAGUUACAGCCAGUUGUAAUUUUACAGGAAAAUGUCACUGUUGAUGAAUUAAGUUCUCGCCAGAAAAAAGAGCAGGUCGUAAAACAGGCACCAGCCCCAAAUGCAACACCAGUAGAGAAGGUGGAGUUACUCCCAGUUGUAACUUUGCAGACAGAAAAUGCGCCUACCAUUGAUAUUGUCAAUCCUGAUCAGAAAAACAAAGAGGUUCUCCAAGAGGUGUCUUCUCUGAACAAAGCAUUUCGAGACAAAAAGGUCAGAUUAACAACAAUUGUGACUUUAUCAAAAGAGAAUGUUCCAGAUGUUGGUGACAUAAAUGCUGACCAGGAAAAUGUGGAGAAGGUGAUCCAGGAGGUGCCUGCUCCAAACUCCCUGUUAGAGAAGAAGUCAAAUUUGAAAGUCGUUGUAACUAUGCAAAAGCAGGAUAUUCCACCAGAGAAUUGCUCUACAGUGUCAUCACCAACAUCACAACAGGAUCAGCCCAUGAGCUCGGAUCAGGGGUGUAUAGCUAUUGGUCCCACACAGAAAUCUACCUCCCUAUCAGCAAGCUCCACUGGCAACCAAAGCAGCCAGCAGCAGAAUAAGGAGGCAGCAAGGCAAUUAUCCAGGGACCUAUUAAGAUACACAGAAGAAGGAAGUAGCCUGAGCCCCGAACUAGUUGAUGACGAAGGUCCUCCCCCUCCACCACCCCCUACUGAUAAAAUCAGUUUCCGAAUCAAAAAGACCAGACACAAGAUUAGGACCAAAGAGGAGGAUCUAGCCAAAACUGAUGGCUCAGAGACGCAGACCAUUGCUGUGGACAGUAGUGGCACUCCCACUAACAACCCAUCUGAGGAGCAAAGCAGCGAGAACUUUGAUGACUUUGACAAGAAACCCAUUGUCAUCAUCUUCAAUGAGCCCAUGGACAUUCAGUCAGCCUACAAGCGGCUAUCUACUAUUUUUGAAAGUGAGGAGGAUCUGGAUAGGCUUCUAUCAUCAGAGAAUAUUGAGGAUGAAGAGGAGAAGAAACAUGAGGAAGCGGAGCAGAAUACCAUACAAACUGGUAUUGCUCAAACACAUACAGUAGUCGAUGUAACAGAAAUCACAGCACGAACAGCUCAUGCAUCUCCCACAGAUUGCAUUUUAUCUCCUGACAGUGGAAACCAUUGGAAACCAGACUCACUUGCAAAGUCAGAGACCAAAAGGAAGUUCAAAUUCAAAUUCCCCAAAAACAAAUUGGCUGCCAUCAGUCAGGCCAUUCGAAGUGGAACAACUAAAAUGGGGAAGAAGACUCUUGAGGUUGUUGUCUAUGAGGAAGAAGAGGAGAUAACAUUGGACAAGGAGACUAAGAAGGAAACAAAAGAAACCAAUAGGUUUGAGAUUCACAAUCUCAAACACAUAGACCUAACUCAAGGCAGAGCUAGUAAUAGCAACAUGACCUCAUCUAUCGAAACUGGCCACUCCAACUCACAUAGUCGGACAGACGAGCUCUGCAAGAGUGCGUUUGAUUCAAUUCAAAGUCUAGAGGAAUCCAUCAAACAGCUGGAAAUCAGUGUGGAUAGCAUGAGUAUCCCCUCUUCCCCUUCCUCUGUUGCCUCUUCACCAUCUCUCUCUCCUACUCCCACCUUGGUCUCCAAAGACGACCUUCGACGUAGAGAGAAAGUCAAACGAGAACGGGAAAGGAGUCCAUCCAAGAGGCCGGCAUCUCAUGUCUUGAAGGGCCUGAAGCCACCACAGAAUAAGAGGGCCAAGCCGCAGCCUCCCCAGGAGACUGUCAGUCCCUCUGCCAAGAAACAGACCUCUAGUGGUGGUUCUCACUCUUCCAGUCAACGGUCAUUUUCCAAGUCUCGUCACUUAUCCUCUUCGGGGUCACCAGACAAGGCACCCAAAGGCCAGCAGAACCUGCAGGACACCCAGAAGCAGUUCAGACAGCCACGUCUCGUCGCCAUCCCACGCUAGCGCCAAUCCCACCACCCUGAGCCCCGCCCCCCACCAAGGGGCUCGCAGCGCCAGCAAA